ACAGAAAUCAAAGCAAAGCAAAGCAAACAAGAAAACUGUAUAAAAAGAUAUUCAAUCGAAGAACUCACGCACAGAGAGAGAAAGUGCGACCUGAGGCCCAGACUACUACAGCACUGUUCGCUAUCUGAUAACGAAGAAAAGGAAGUUUAAAGAGAGAUUGAAUUGCUGUAAAAUCAUUUAGGGUUGGUAUUUGGAGAAUAUUCUUCUCACCCAAUUUUUCGCUUUUCCCAUUUCUGAAAAUAGCUGCUCAUGUGUUUCAGAGCUCACAAUUCAGAAUUGAAAAUUAUCUUUCUUUUUCUUUCUCUUGGUGAACUUUUCCUAAGCAAGUGUAGAAGCUGAACAGGUGAUUGCAUAAUUCGGUUGCAGAUUUGCUCGAUUUGGUGUUAUUAGUACCUAAAGACAAUAAUUGAGAUAGCUAAAUUAUUCUGGAGAAAGAAUUUUCUCCAGAAAUAAACAUUUAGAGAAAAAUUCUCUUGAGGAGCUACUACAAAAUUUCAUCAGCUUUUUGGUUCCGAUUCUUUCCUCAGAAAAUUGUUGCCUGGAUAAAAAAAAGUACUUAAUGCGUCUUUGAUCUUCAUCUGAAGGGGAAAUUGCUCAUCGAAAAUACUCUAUCACGGAUCUAAGAAGGCCCUCGUCAGAAUUCGAACAUUUCUAACUUUUUUUUUAUCCCUAAAUUUUAGCAAUUCUAUUACCGGAGAAUUUCAUUUCGAAAUUCUUCAGAAUUUGAAACAAAAAAAUAUCUACUAAAAUAGCAUCUAAGCUGUGGAUGGAGCUUUCUCAACCUCGACCCUACGGAACCGAAGGAAGAAAACCAACACACGACUUUCUGUCACUGUACAAUCAUUCAACUGCCCAACAAGAUCCAAGACCAGCUUCUCAAGCAGGAGGUUACCUCAAGACUCAUGAUUUCUUACAACCACUGGAACGAGUAGGGAAGGCUACCUGUGCUAAAGAAGAAACCUCAGUGGAGAUAUCAACAAGCGAGAAGCCACCUCCUCCGGCGCCACCUCCAGUGGAGCACGUUCUCCCGGGUGGGAUUGGGACUUACAGUAUAAGCCACAUUUCAUAUUUCAAUCAAAUUCAAAGCAGGGUUCCAAAACCAGAGGGGAUGGUUUAUCCAGCUGCUCAGGCAAGUAGUACUGACAAAAAUGAUGAGAAUUCCAACUGCAGUUCUUUUACCGGAAGUGGAUUCACUUUGUGGGAAGAACCAGCGGUGAAGAAGGGAAAGACAGGGAAGGAGAAUAUGGUUGUAGACAAACCCGGUGUUGUAGAGCCUGUGGCCAGAGUAGGACAAUGGGCUUCAACGGAGCGGCCGUCACAGUCAUCUUCCAGCAAUCAUCGAGGCAGCUUCAGCUCUCUCUCUUCAUCUCAGCCAUCAGCACAGAGGAACCAGAGCUUCAUGGAGAUGAUAAAGUCCGCCAAGGGUUGUUCCCAGGAUGACGAGAUUGAGGAAGAAGACCAGUAUAUUCUUAAAAAGGAAAUCUCUACUGGAACAGCGCAAAGAGGAGAAUUGAGGGUAAAAGUUGAUGGCAAGAGUUCCGAUCAGAAGGCUAACACACCACGGUCAAAGCAUUCUGCGACAGAGCAACGCCGAAGAAGCAAAAUUAAUGACAGGUUUCAGAGGUUAAGAGAACUUAUCCCUAAUAUUGACCAAAAGAGAGAUAAGGCAUCAUUCUUGUUAGAGGUUAUUGAGUACAUUCAGUAUCUACAAGAGAAAGUACAUAAACACGAGGGGUCUUUCCAAGGAUGGGCCAACGAACCAGCAAAGUUGAUGCCUUGGAGAAACAAUCAUAGGCUUGGGGAAGCUUUUGAUCAUUCUCAAGCUUUGAAUGGUGUGUCUGGUCCUCCAUUAGUUUUCGCUUCAAAGUUCGAUGAGAAGCAUGCCACUGCAAUUCCAAAAGCUCCAGGGAAUGCUCAGCACCUGGUAGAAUCCGACAUUAGUACUACAACUGUAACAAAUAAGGGAGUGACUAUUCCCAUGUCACUGCAGCCAAAUUUUUUCUUGCCAAAUGGUGGUGCAUCAUCUCAUUGUCCACCUAGGCUGCCAUCUGAUUUGGAAAAUAGAUCAUUUCAACCUCAGUCUCAGUUAUGCCAGACUAGAUCGUGUACCACAGUUGAUGGUUCUAUUGCAAGUGAUAAGCUGAAGGAAGAAGAGCUUACUAUUGAAGGUGGUACGAUUAGCAUCUCUACUGCAUAUUCUCAAGGGUUGUUAGAUACACUGACACAAGCACUGCAGCAUUCAGGCGUGGAUUUGUCACAAGCUAGCAUCUCUGUGCAAAUUGAGCUCGGUAAGCGAGCUAGUAGUAGAACUACUGCGUCAACAUCCACUACUAAGGAUAAGGAGAUUCCAUCAAGCAAUCAAGGAAUAAAACAUUCUAGAGUUGCUAGUGUCAAUGACUCUGACCAAGCGCAAAAGAAGUUCAAGACAAGCAAAAACUAAUAUGACAAAUUUCUCUGUAUUCUUUUUCACUUCCUCAUAAACUAUAUUUAAUUCAUUCGUUUUUUAUUAUUGAAGGACCCUUGUGCUACCUUUGGAGGGUAAUUAAUUUCACAUGUCUGCUGGGUCCAUAACAACAUCACAGACCAUGGCCUAGGUUUAUUGUACAUGCAUUGUUUUAUGUUUAGUAUGUUGGGUAUAUAGAUCUCCCCACAAAAUAUUUGCCAUUUUUUUCAUAGAAGCUUCCAUACUAUUGUUUGAGAAGCUGCUUUUUUCAGUUAAGCUUCCAUUCAUGUAAAGUUCUCUCCGCUAAUAUUAUUUACCUUUGACGUGGUA